AUGCGAAACAGGGCAAUCGGAGCAAACACGGACAAUGAGUUGUUCCGCCCCGGGCAGUUUCGACCAAAUCGGGCAACAGGAUUCAUCUCGCUCGCUCCCUUUGGCAACAGUCGCCGUCUUAUAUCCUUUUAUCUUCCCCCCGUGCCUAUGGCUGCUCACCAGGCAGCUCGCAGCUCUUUCGCCGCUGCCGCCCUUGUCUCGUCCGCUCCCUCCCUUUGCCAGGCCCGUCCGGCCAUAUUUAUUCCUCCCAUACUGCUCCGUCAGCGCGGCCUUCGCUAUGAUGUCGCGUGCUUUUCCUCCUCCUCCGCAAGCGGAAAACCUCUUUCGUCCGACAAGACCCAAUCGCAGCCUAUUUCUUCCUCCUCCGUAUCUUCCUCGGUACCACCCACAAUAAACCCUGGGGUCUCCGCAGUAAACCCACCGUCUAGUACCCGACCUGCAAAGCUCGAGCUUCCCGAGAAACCGGCGAAUUCCAGCGCGGGUCUUACAUAUUAUAUGUCCCUAGGGAAGGCAUAUUACACGUUUUAUAAAACGGGCUUGAAGAACGUCUAUCACAACUAUCGCGCCGCAGCACCUAUUCGGAAGAAAUUGGGUUUCUCGGGGUAUCUGCCUACCUCGCUGCCUCCACGCGCACUAUCUGGGGCGUCGGCAUUUGAACAGCUCGUCAAGCGGGAGGGUGUUACUAGAGCGGAAUUCCAACUGCUGAGACGGAGCGCCUAUGACAUCAGAAGGAUGAUCCCAUUUGUGAUGAUCUUGAUCGUUUGCGGAGAAUUCACGCCAUUCGUUGUCCUGGCGCUGGGAAACAGGGUAACACCGUUGACCUGCCGGGUGCCAAAGCAGCUAGAGAAAGAGAGGCGGUUAAAGCUGGAUCGAAAGACUGCGGCUCUUCGAGCUCCUGGCCCAAGCUGA